UUGGCACUAAACGUCAUGCAGCACGAUAAUGUGUGAACAUUUCUUGUUUUAUUUAUUUAUUAAUAUCAGUAUUGUUAGUUAACAGUUUAUUUGUCUUCCUGAAAAUAAUCUGUUUCAACAUGUAAUUGACCAAUAUAUUCUACGAUAUAAGAACACGUUUCUAACAAAAUGACUAGCUUUAAACACUUGAAGUACUUGUGUAGACUUUGUGCGAAAAGCGAUGAGUUUUGUAAGGAUUUACUCGACGAAAGCAACAAAAACGUUAUGAGCAUGAUAAGAGAUUUUAUUCAAAUAACUAUAAAUGAAAGUGAUGAUUUACCAACCCGAAUCUGUCUCAACUGUGAAGAGAAAAUGGUGUCCUUUCAAUUGUUUGUCUUGGAAUGUUAUAAAGUCCAGGAGGAUUUUAGAAAACAAUUGGAUACGGAGCAUUUAGAAAUUUGUACUGACUUGCACAUCAAGCUUGAAGAAACUGCUGUAGACUAUGGAGCAUCUCUAAUAAAAUCUGAGGUAAAAGAUGAGUUAACUGCUGAGGAUAUAGUAUGUGCAAUCACUUCAAAUGAUGCUUCAUUGUCUGAAUUUGAAGCAGUGGAUUACAAUGAUGAUAUUGACAUAAAUCAUGAUGUUGAUGAAGAUGAAGAUGAUGAUGACUUGGAUGAUGUAGCAAUAGCAUCACUGAAGGAAAUAAAGCAAAAGCGGAUCAAAAAGAAAGUCAUUUCAGAAGAGGACUCUAUCAAGUUUAGUGAACUUUUAAAACAGCCAAACUUGAAAGUGAAAGACUUUGUUAAGCUGAUAUGUCACCUGUGUGGAGCAGAGUCCAAUACAUGGAGUAACUUGCGCGUGCAUUAUUUCAAUAAUCAUAGAAGCAAAGUAGUAGCAUACUGCCUAUGUGGAUAUGCAAUAAGAUCCAAAAGUGUUCUCUAUAAACAUUUUUCUCAACAUAAGUUGGAAAGUAGAAAAAUAAGAAGUGCUGAGAAUUUGCAUGAAGAAAGGCCAGAAAAAUCUCAAUAUUCAGAUCUAAAAAUUAAUAACUUUGUAAAUUUCAAUUGCAAUGUCUGUGAUAAGGUGUGCUCCAGUUGGUAUAGUCUGAAGUCACAUUGUGAAAGAGCUCACAAGAUUCUUCCAGUAGUGCAUUGUGUUUGUGGCAUUGCUCUCAAGUCAAAAUCAGUUCUCUACAAACAUAUAAAUGAUCACAAAAAUCCUAAUGUAUUAUCGUGUGACAAAUGUCCACGAAUAACGAAAACCUUGGCAGCGUUAAACAAACAUAAAAUGAGACACGUCCCUAAAUCGGAACGGAAAUUCACGUGCGAAUCCUGUGAUAAAAUAUUUAAUACUAAGGAUGCGUUAAAAUCUCAUGAACGGUCACACAUUCCAAUAGAAGAUAGGAAAAUUUACCACUGUACUUUCUGUAACAUGAAGUUCACAACCCGGUCGUCAGCGGCGUCACACAAGCGCGUGGUACACGACAAAAUCAAGAGUUAUGUGUGCGAUCUGUGCGGCUACGCGUGCGGCACCAACGGCGAGCUGCGGCAGCAUCGCGCAAUACAUUCCGACGACAAGCCCUUCGUGUGCAGGAAGUGCUCCAAGCCAUUCAAAACUUACUCGAAUCUCAAAACUCACAUGGACAUCCACGAAGAAACUUCGUACCCGUGCUACGUGUGCAACCGCGUGCUGAACAGUCGUCGGACGCUGAGGAAACAUCUGCUCGUACAUGAGGACAAGUGCCGGCAUGUCUGCUCGUAUUGCAAUAAGGCCUUCAAGAGGAGGCAGACGUUGAAGGUUCACAUGUAUACUCACACGGGCGACAAGCCGCUGACGUGUAAAUGGUGCGACGAGCGGUUCGCGUACGCGUCCACUUUACGAUCGCACCGCCUGCGAUGCCACCCCGACAAGAUGGCUGCGCAGAUGAACGAGCAGUACGUCUACCGGCACGUCAACAUCUUGCAGCAGGAUUACAUCAAAGCUGACGUCGCCGCGAUUAACGCGAAAAAUGAAGUAGAGGCUAUUUAAAGAAUAAGUUUAGUAUUCCGCCAGCUGAAUCUAUGUAAGGUAAUUAUAAUUUUUACAUGUUAAUAUUAUAGCCAUUUUGGUUUCACUGAUAAUAAAUAAUUUAUCUCAAUU